GUUUUAUUUUCGUUUCAGGUGUUCGAAAGUCAACAGUCACAACAUGGGAGAAAUACUAUUAAAGUGUUACAAGACUACAGCCAGAAACAGGGUAGUACAGUCAAUCAGGUGUACGACGCUUUAGAAGAAAUCGACAGACCAGAUGCUCUUGAUGAACUCAGAGAGGGAAUUCCUGAAAUUGAGAAGAGUUAUCGUGACAGCUUAAACAAAAAACAUCGCCAUAGGGAUCUCAUCGAGGACGACUACGUCUGUGUAACGUGUGACAAUAUGCCCUACUCCAAAGAGGCGUUCCAGUCAUACACUCAAAACCAUCAUAAGACUGCAGCUAUGUCUCCUGGAAACAGUUACAGAAUGUUUGCGGGAAACCAGCAGAUUCCGGUUUCUUCACCGUGUAAAAAUUACCAAAGACAUAACAGCUUUGAACCUCAAUGUGUAAACGCAAGGUUGCCUGGAUACGAGCAUGAAAGUCCCGACCUUAAACGACAGCGCUCGAUGCCUCUGUCCGACAGUAUGAUGGUACGCGGACAUGAUAGUCAUUCUCAAUACUAUCGUGACAUGGAACCGAUGGAUCACGCCCCUUCGGUCAGAGAAGAUCCGGUUCCACCAGGUGCAGCAUUGAUGAGAGGUAUGGCCCGGUACAAUAACCAGCACGGGUUGCCACAUAUGAAUUCAACUGUUCACACAAACAAUUCAGAGAAUCUCUUCAGACAGCCUUUUAACCAGUUUAGUCGACAGACAGAACGAGCAGGUCUGAAGUUAGAAAUUCCGGCGCCAUCACUGAAGUCAGCAGACUUCUUUAGCCCAAGUCCGACACCUACCACGCCAUCUACACCUUUAGGGCACUUACAGAAACUAGCCAAUGAAACGCCAAUUCAGACAGAAGAUGGAUACAAACACCUGAUGAAGCUAAAACGCGACGAGGAAUUACUCCAGGGUAAAGCCGGGCACCUAGAAUCCCCCGAUAGACUAAUGGAAUUUAUGUCUCAACAACAUCCAAGCAUGAUAGGUCAUGGCCAAGGUCAUCAUGGUGAGGGUCAAGGUCAUAUGAGGUUAAGUCCAAGGAUACCUGGUCCACCAAAUACAUUUCCGUUAAGAUCUAAGUCGUCUUCAAAUUCUGCCGCAACAUCCCCUACAAGUAGUUCUCAGACACAGCAGUUGACAAAAUCAGCAUCUGUGCCUGGAAACAUGAAGUCAGCAGAGUUCAGAAAAGCAUUUUGGCAUAUAAAAGUGUUUGUCACGUACGCAGCAGACGACAAAAAGCAUACACAGCGUGUAUUGAGUUUGUGUAAAUGUCUGGAGAAAAACGGCUUCACUUGCUGUGUUGACAUAUUCCAUAGAAAACUGCCCAUAGAAGAAAGACAUAAUUGGUACCAAAACAGAUUUGACGAGGCUGACUUUAUUCUAGUUGUAAUGUCACCGAAGUACAGAAUGGAAGCGGACUCUUGCGAGAUGGAAAACGAUGCCGACGACUCGGACAGUGUUGACAGCGACGGAGAAAACGACUUAAACAACAGGCCAUACCGACUUCAUACAAAAAAUAUUUACCGACUAAUGUACCGGGAGUAUAUCCAAAGUAGUCAGAGAUGUAACCGGUUUGUGCCAUUACUUUUCCCCGGUAUGGUGCAGGAUAUUAUUCCAAACUGGAUGUUAGAUAAUUACAAUAGCUUGUUUUAUUACUGGCCUAAGCAGUAUAAAGAUUUACUAUGGAUGUUGACAAAACCGGAAAACCGUGUACCGGAACAUGUUACGCCACCCGUUAACCGGUGCAUUCAAGACAAUGAUGAUGCUGGUACGAAUGGAACAGAAAAAAGUGCGGAAUCAGAAUAAGGAAGUAAAGUCCCUUUGAAGAAUGAUUAAAAAUUAACUAAAUCAUAUGUAUGGAAAAUUCAUUAUUUUGACAUUGUAGUAGUGCUUAUGUUGGAGAAAAACCCAGGAAAUUAUGAAACUUAUCAUAAAAUACGUAUGGGCAUUUUUUUUGUGUAGUAAAGCUUGUAUGUACAAACAAAAGAUAAAAUUUUUAAUGUGAAAAUUUAUGUCCAGAUUAAGAAUUUAAACCUCUGGCAUUAUAAUUUGUUGUUGUGUCAGGUUACGAUACGAAUAAGAUAGUAUUGCUUUGAAUUCUUGGCGUAUUAUGUUAGCAGCAUAACAACUUUAAAGACCUACAUAUAGUUCCAACCAUGUUGUAGAAUGUUUGAGGUAUUGUGCGAUUCAAAUAAUUGUUAGAUUCAUGUAGUUAAAAUGGUGAUAUUGUUUGUAAAGUGUUCACGUUACCCUGUUAGAGAUGUUAUUAUUAGUGAUAAACACCUUGUGCUAAACCAAAACUUACAAGAAAAUCACCAAAGUUUGUUGUUUAAUUUUAGCUCACCAUGGUAACAGAGAGCCUAUAUUGAUCGCUCACUGUCUGUUGUCCGUCCUUUUAUCGUAUACCAGUCGACACUUUUCUUUAAAACGACAUCUACUCCAAAUCCACUAGGUCAAUAUCAUCAAAACUUCAUAGGAUUGUUCCUUGGCUGACCCUCUUUUCAAAUUUAAUUUAAGAAAUGCCAUUUCAUGUAGAACUAUAGCUGCCGGGGCAGUCAACCCUCAAUAUGUUUAAAAAAAAAGAUGGCUACUACAGGAUGGGUCACAUUUUUGAAAAUAUACGAAUCAAAUGACGUCUUAGUUAAAUCUGUUGGUCAGAAAUAGAGGAUAUUGAAUGAGUGUAAGUUCAAUACUGAAUUUAUUGCACAAGUUGAAUAAAAUUAUAUUAUGCCAGCCUCUGGCGAGCAUAAUAUUAUUUUAUUCAAUGAGUGCAAU